AACAAACAUCCAGUCAAUAGAUUCAUUGACAACAAACAUCCAGUCAAUAGAUUCAUUCACAAUAAACACCCAGUCGAUAUAUUCAUUCACAACAAACAUCCAACCAACAGAUUCAUUCACAACAAACAUCCAGUCAAUAGAUUCAUUGACAACAAACAUCCAGUCAAUAGAUUCAUUCACAAAAAACAUCCAGUCAAUAGAUUCAUUGACAACAAACAUCCAUCGAACACAUUCAUUGACAACAAACAUCCAACCGACAGACUUAUCGACAGCAAACAUCAAAAUAGGAGAUGGUCUUGGUGGACGCCAUCUGACAUUUACUCAGAUACUGCCAACAAGUUAUGCAACAUUUCCAGUAGCAUCAGGGUCCGGUGGUCAACUUUCGUUAUCUACAAAGCUCACUCCAUGGCUAAGCCUUUCGGACGACGUCAUCAGCACAACGAAAUUGCCGACGACGAAUCCCCAGGGGCCUGUUCACGUCAUUCCUCUUCCAGUUGGUAGCACUGAAUUAAAUGAUCCAAAACCGCAUCCAACAAGUCAAGCGGCACUGGGGCAAGACGUGACGCCCCUAAAACAGUUUUCUUCAACAGAGGAGGCAGUUACCGUUGGCACCUAUUUCAACAUAACAGAAAGUGCUCCCCCUAGCGCGGGCAUUGAAAGCACCAAAAGUUCGUCAGCUACCUACAACAGAAAAGACCUUUCGCAUGUAACAUUCGCCGACGCACAACAAACAGAACACGGUACACACACACUGCAGCACGCGAGUGGAGCACAUCCCUCUUUAACGAAUUUUGAUUUGGGAAUUUUAAGCUUAUCAUUCCAAAAUCUCAAUAGAGUAACUCACACGAUUUCUACGGGACAAUUUUCUGGAGAAAUCAGUUCUAAAAACUAUUGGCCCGACCUGUCACUGUCGUCUGUCAGCCUUCCCAACUCAGGACGUCACGUUUCAUCCGUCGAUCUUAAAGACGACGCGCGCCGUCUCCUCUUUGAUGAUGUUCUUGAUUCUGACAUCUCUUCUUCAUUCGCAUCAUCUCCUGAUGCAAACAGUAGUCGACUGUCAAAAAAUUCAAAUCCACUCAUAACGUCAGUUGUUACUGACAGACGGGGCGUUGCAUGUGAAUACACUUCAUUGAAACUUGAAGACUGUACAAGGACCGAAAAUCUUCCCCCAGGUGAAAAUAUUAUUGAUGCGUCAAAAAUCCUCCCUUACACAGUGACUCCUACUGUGACGCACAUUGACGGGCGACCUGACAGUGGAAGCGAGACUCUACAGACGUCUUUUAGGCCUGCGUCAGUGACUCCAAUAUACUCCUCUCCGAGGCGUCCUCAGACUAAACCCGCGGCUGCACCCAUGGCCGAGCCAUUAGGUAACACUACAGAGAUGUCGACCCAACCUGGCCCUUCCAGCCACCAACCCGCCACAGACGUGGCCACGACUAACACAACACAGACUGCUCUUGGGUGGACUACAGGGCACGUGGGUCAAAGUUCAGCUGGAACAUCUUCAUUGUCAUUGACAGCGAUGGUGACAACCUCACCAUUAUCUACUACAGCGGUUACCGUGACAACAUCAGGUGAUGCAGCAGCUAGAGUAUCUUUAAGAACAAAAAUUGUUUGUUAAAUUUAAAUUGCUUCGCAAUAAAAAUUAUUUAAUGGAGUCAAUAUUUAAAGGUUGAUUUUUCAACAGAUUAUUAUUGAGAUAGUUUACCUCAUGAAGAUCUUUUCCUGAAUUUAUAUUCAUCAUUAUUUCUUCUCAGCAUCAACUGAGACUACAGUUAUUAUAGUAGCUGCAUGUGCAGUUUUUGCACUUUUGCUCAUCGUCCUUGUGGCCAUCGCCUGCGUUAGAAAAUCAAAGAAAGCAAAAACAAAGGUGGGUAACUUUCACCAAACUAUUUUUUCUUCCAAUGAAACACUUUGAAAUUUAAAAGAUAUAUAUGUUUUUAACAAUACCCAUCUCCCAUACACUAACUGGCCAUAUGAAAUGCGUGGCUAUCUGGCUGCUUGGAUAAUAUAAGUUAAAGAUUUGACGUGUAUUUAACAUUCGGCAAAAACGUAUGAGUAGUAGGUCCAUUUGUGAUUGGUGUUCAGCCAUUUUAUCAGGGUCAGUUUGUUGUAGCAAAAGAUUCAAACUUCUGGCGACUAAUGCGCUAUACCGUGGAGACAGAUUAUGAUGGAUUUUACAUUUCAAUUGAAAAUCUCCCGAUUACAUUGAAAUGUCGCAUGCAAAGAUUCUAAUUUUUCUGUCUUCUAUUUCUCGAAUUAAUUAUAUUAAUUAAUUUUCCGUAUUCCUGACCGACUUCAGAAAUCUCGCGUGUUCACGGGGGCUGGUCCUAAAACACGUGUUUUGAUUGGGCAGAAGCAGUGACAUGGUAAUUUAAAAUUUAUGAGGGAAAUGUUUUCUUUUUCUAACAGUUUCUGGAAAAAAAAAACUUUACAAAAUAAAGUAGCAUUAAAUUUCAUUUCAGAGAUUUGGGGAAAUACAUUUUGAUCAUAAUCUUCGAACACAUAAGUUUUAAAUAUCUAUGUGUUUGUUGUUUCUUGUUUUGUCUUGACUGCUGAAGAAGGCGUUGAGCCGAAGCGUCCUUGUAAUUGUCCCCUGGGCUCUGUUCGGAAUGUCUGGAGUGACUUGCUGGUUAAAGAGGCGCUGCCAACCCAAACCCCCCCCCCCCCAUAGCGCUACCCGGGGUACAAAACCAUGCACCAUUGCGUGAUCCUGUGUAGGCAGAGAAAGGACAUGCGUGGUAUCUGCCGAAAUUGUAGCAACUAGAGUGCGAGCUGUAACCUUUGAGGAGAUUUCCAACGAGCCACUUCGUGGCCAGAUAGGGGACUCAUUGGGCUUGGAGGGUGGGGGGGGGGUAGUCUUAUUGAGGGUAUUAAGAGCUUGACUUCAUUUUCUAAUGUAAAUAACUGAUCUGUCUUUUUUUUUCAAGCCUAAAAAAAUCUUGUUCUACUCUAUAUUUCAGUACUUCUGCUAGGCUAUAAGGCUCGACUUGAUCGAACAAGGUUGUUUUUUUUGUGCUUUUUAUUGUUUUUUUAAAGACGUAAACAGCUAUCAAACUGUAGCAUCUCUUGCCGUCAGACCACUCAACGUGUUUCGUGUUUGAGGUGGUUCGUGUUUGAGGUGGAGCGUGAUAUCCCAGCCUUUGUGUCUGGUCACAGCCGAGAAGAUCGCUGGAAUAAUGAGAGGUCCGCAAGUGCAGACUUUGAAGGGAUUACUCAGGUUUAUUGCAGUACAUCUGGGGGCUGCCCCCACCCCACACCAAACUGAUCCCCAAUGAUCGAGUUCAGUUCAUUUUUUAGAGAUUAUGUGGAGUAUUGGAGGUUUAAUGACAACUUGAUGUAGCUGAAGCUCCAACAGUUAGUGUCUCGUCGACUUUCUAAAGAGUUUAUAUCCAUACAUAUAUAUAUAUUCAAAGGGUUAUGGUGUGACAAGUCGUCUAAGAGCUACGUAACAAUGGUCAAGGUAUGAUCUUAAACUGGAUGAAAGCGGGCGUUGCCUAAUGGUUUGUGAUUCAUUUGUUCGCAGGUACAACAUGAGGGGGACGAGCUGUGGGUGGACAUGAAUCACAUCCACGCCAUGCCCCUACCUUCACUUACCUCAACCAAUGAGCUAACUUUAAACUUGAAGUCAGGUGAGAAGGGUACAUCUUUGCUGUUCAGCAGCAGACGUGAUUGCCUCUACCUCUUCACGGGGCGAUCGUGUCAUGGCUUUACGUAGGCCCACGUACGAUUCGUCAGUAAAUCCAAUUAUAUUAACACAUUGACAUUAUAUUUAUGCCAUUCUAUUCAAGUAGGCCUACAACAAAAUUUCAGGCUAACAUUUAAACGUAUUAGGUGUAUACAUUAAAAGAAAAAAACUUUAAUAGGCAUAUUUAUAUUUGCCAUUAAUUUAAAUAUUGUGUACGUUCGUAAAAAGCCCCUUCUACAAUUUCGGGAUUUGAAUUUCAGAGAAGAAAAAUAAGGGUGGGGGUGCACAAUACUAAAAGUUGACUCGUGUGGCGUGUGUAACAAGUUUAAUCUGAAACGUGUGUCUACUGUACUGUAAAGUGUAUAGUCUAUAGAUAAACAAGUUGACAUCAUACUAACGUGUUUCCAGGGACUGAUACUUACACCGCUAGCCGAGCGUUCACUGCUCUAGAUGGCGGGCAGAUAACUCUCAGCGAAGGAGACAUAUUACAGAUUGACGAGCGACAGGAUGAGUGGUGGAAGGGACUUAAUCUCAAUACCGGACAAAUAGGAUGGUUUCCCUGUGAUUUUGUCAGGCCACUUGGAGGUAAGGAUGGUUUCUCUGUGAUUUUGUCAGGCCACUUGGACACGAACAGUGUAAAUAGGAAUUGUACAGGAGACAAAAGAAAAAAAAAAAUGAUGACAUGGCUAGUGUGACUGGAGGUAACUUGCAGUUUUUUGGGUUUUUGUUUUUUGUGGUUGGGUGGGGGGGGGGGGGGGGGGAGUUAAGGGACACAAUCUGGCUACUAAGCGCCCUUCACUGGAAAAAGUCAAGGGUAGGCUAUGGCCAUGGCGUAUAUCAGGAGUUGGGGAUUGUCUUUUAAAAGUUUUUCGUCAGCUUAGUCAGACUGGAAAUGUUAGAGAUACAUUCAGAUAUAUACAACUGUCUUGUAAUACUUCCUCAAUAGUGAAUUUUUGUAUUUGGUUCUGGUCAAAUGUCAGUGGUUGUGGCAGGUAAGAGGCGAUGAGUCACCAAGGUCCACCAGUGACUGUUGAACAAGUGAUGUGCAAUAAUUUGAACAUUUAAUUUAAAGGUGUGCUAUAUGAUCUGGUGUGUAAAUGAGAAAGAUGACUCAAUUUAUUUCAAUGUGCAGGGUCAACAGAAAACACAUUAUGGGAUAACAAGUUGAAAUCCCCAGUAGAGAAGAGUGCUACGAGUGUCCACCCAUUGCGGGCACAGAGACAAGUCAGCUCCUUUCAAAUCAAAAAGAACAUAGCAGCAGAGGUCAGCAGGAAUCAUGAAAUGACGUUUCCAGAACUGGAGGUAGGGAGAAAAUAUCUUUUGAGAUAAUAAAUUAAUUAUAAUUCCCCGUUGGCAAAAAAAGGAUGUUUUCUAAUUUGAGAGGAAUUCUGGUUUUAGUAACUGUUUGAUGAUAAACUUUCAGAUAAAAAUGGGGAAAUAGAUUUAAAUGUCUUAUAACAAUGAAGAGUUACAAACAAAAUAAAUGGAAAGCUAGAGUCUAAAGGCCAAGCCUUUAAUUAAUUUUUUUUUUUAAAUUUCAGAAUUCAUCAAGAGCAAUGGCUUAUCGCAGUAGUAAUGAGGAGAAUAUAUAUUUGACCAUUAUUUAGAUAAAUAUAAUUAUUUUGAUUUUGGAAAGUAGCCUACAUUCACAAAAGAAUUUGUUUAAUAUAAAAGUUAACGUUCAUUAGUUGCUGGUGGUUUUUUUACAGGACAAUCAAGAAGUGCAAUAUGUUGAAUCCUGGGUCAAGAUGGCUGCCAGUGUGUCCAUGUCUUCACUGCCAACAACAGAAAGAAGCUACACCAACACCAGCGAUUAUAACGCUGCUGUCAAAGGUAAAUUAUGUUUGAAAUCUCUCCCAGCCUAUUAAGGGAGCCAUUAUAAAGGGUGGUGAGAAGACAGAGCGCAAAAAUCAUAGAUUAUCUUAUAUUAUUUUAAAUAUAGACCUUUAUACUGUAUCCAGAAAUUUGAUAGACGGUAAUUUGAUCAAACGGAAAUUUGGUCGAAACUUUUUUUCAGUUUUAACGUUAAAAUUUUGCUUCAAAUUUCUUUUUGAAUGCAUUAUUUUGUUUUACUAUAUAGUAUAGUGCGUUCUUGAUUUUGAAAUAAUAGAAAAAAUUCUGGGGAGCCCCCUCCUCCUUCCACUCAAGAGCCUAGUGGCGUAUCUUAGUGCUAAUGCCGCCCCCUCCAUAUAAAGAAAAAGUGAAACCUGGGCGGACCACCACAUCUGUCCCCUUCUGUGCCACUGGCGGAGGCGCAGCUAGAGUGUUUGGUGCCAGGGGACAAGGUUCUUGUUGUUUUACACCCACACCCCCACCCCAAUAAAUUUUCUGAAAGAAACACUGCAUUUGCGUACCCUGAAUGGUGAGGAACUGUUGCUUUUUUUGGGCCAGUAGCAGACUUACAUAGUUAACAGCAUUUAUGGGCAUUGCUCAGUUUCAUUUUCAGAUCAUCAGUUAUUUUUUUUUAAUAGCCUUACUGUAAUGUCUUUGUUAAUUACGUUUGAGACAGAAAACAUCUUAAGUAAGCUUACCUUUUUAAUGAACGUACUUAUAUAUAUAUAUAUAUAUAUAUAUAUAUAUAUAUAUAUAUAUAUAUAUAUAUAAGUAUAAAUUAUGUACUAGCAGAUGGUAAGACGUAUCGAGCCGUGUAUGCAUACAAACCAGUUUUUAAAGGGGAGCUGGCUCUUAAGGAAGGAGAAAUUGUUGUUUGUAAAGAAAGGGAUCGGAAUGGCUGGAUGUUUGGAACAAAGCCGAGGUCGAAGGAUGAGGGAUGGUUUCCAGCUGUCUACGUUGAUGAGGUAACGAAUAUAGUUUUGAAAUGGAACAAAAGAUUUAACAUUUGAACUUUAAACUGUUGCACCUCCCCAAACUGUUAAACUGAUACGAAUGUGGACAUGCUGACUUUAUCAUACAAGUAUUACAAGUAUGAUUUAACAUUUACGUACAUGGCAUCCACAAACUGGAUUGCAUUACUGUUGGUUAAAUACGUAUCUUUAAAAAUAGAUUUCCACGGACAGCGAGUCCUGCAACUCAGACAUCCCUGAAACAUAUGAGAUUUUAGACUCCAACAAACUGCACAAAGCUGAUCGCUCAUGGAUCGGCAUAGGUAAAUAUUAAAAGAAAUUGUCAAAAAGAAAUCAAAGUGAAGAAGCAUUCUAACAUUCAAGAUUAUAAAUUCAAAACCACUUGGUGAUGAAAAAUAAUUUAUUUUCAAUCCUUUUCCCCCUGCUAUAACUUACAACUUCCGGUGACCAUACGUUCUGGUAACAAACUUUUCACAAUCUCUAUUAUUGUUCAUUUAAUAUAGUAACAUAUGCAAGGGGAUGGAGUGGGCGGGGGCGGGCUUGGGAGCAGUGGGGGGGUUGUUCGCCCUAAGUGGCACAAGCAGCCCCACCCCACUAAUUGAAUUCAUGCUGUUUCAGAAAAAUAAUUUGAAUUAUAUUUUGAUCCUGCAAUAUUAACAAGUCCGGUUCCUUGCCCAAACAUUUUCUGCACACAUUAGCUCAUGAAAUAAGGCCUUUGUUUGUAAAGCGUUCACUCCACUAAUCUUUUAGACAAGCGGUGUAUUUUUUAUCUUUACUGGAAAUGUCUUGUUGACUUCUCAGAACACAAAGUCCUGUAUGACUAUGCCAGUUGUAUUCCCGGAGAUUUGUCUCUAGAGGAAAAUGAUAUCAUCACCGUCUUACAAACACUGGCCAACGGCUGGUGGUUUGGUUUCAAGGGAGACAACUAUGGAUGGUUUCCUGGGUCAUACGUUGAGGUGAAUAUUGUAACUUUUUGGUAA